AUGUAUAUCACGGUGCAGGACGGAUACCGUUGCCACCAGGAAUACUCUCAACUAUGGGGCCCCAAUUCCCCUUUCUUUUCUCUGGGCACUAUCUCACAUAUUUCUCCGCAAAUUCCCAUUGGUUGCAACGUUACUUUCGUUCAAGUGCUGUCGAGGCAUGGAGCAAGGUAUCCAACAAAACACAAAACUUUUCUCUACACGCAACUCAUUGAGCGCAUCCAAAACAGCACCGAGACAUACACUGGCGAUUUCGCGUUUUUAGAAAAGUUCGACCAUCAAUUGCAGUCUGAUAACCUUACGCCUUUUGGGUCGUCUCAGAUGAUCGACUCUGGGGCAAAAUUCUACCGUCGUUAUCAGCAUCUAGCGAAAGACUCGACCAUUUUCAUCCGCGCAUCAGGAUCCCAAAGGGUAAUCCACUCUGCCGAAAACUUCAUCGAUGGCUUCCACCACGUGAAAGUGCUGGACCCGUUUGCAAUCGAUAAAACCCGCAAACCGUCCAUAGACCUGAUAAUCAGCGAAGAACCGGGUUUCAACAACACCCUCCACCACGGCACUUGCAGCGUCUUUGAAAAUUCCCAAACAGGCCGCCUUGCACAAUCAGAAUUCGCAGAAGUUUUUGUGCCUCCAAUUCUCAACCGCGUCAAAUCUCACCUCAUCGGCGCGAACCUCGACAUACCAGACAUUCCCCACCUAAUGGAUAUCUGCCCUUUUCAAACUGUCGCGCUCACUGAAGACGCAAGCACCAUCUCCCCUAUCUGCAGCCUCUUCACUGCCGAAGAAUGGACCCAAUAUGACUACCACGGCACUCUAGGAAAAUACUACCAUUACAGCAGUGGUAACCCGCUCGGCGCUAGCCAGGGCGUCGGCUUCGUCAACGAGCUAAUAUCCCGCCUCAAUAAUAAGCCCGUGAUCGACUCCACCACUGUCAACCACACGCUGGACUCCGACCCUCAAGCCUUCCCGCUUGGCCUGUCCCUGUACGCAGACUUCAGCCACGAUACCACCAUGAUGUCCAUAUUCACGGCGCUGGGGCUCUUCAACGGCACGGAACUGCUCUCUAACACGACCGUCCAGAGCCCCGCGGAGAACCAGGGCUUGUCUGCCGCCUGGACUGUCCCGUUCGGUAGCAGGGCGUAUAUUGAGAAGAUGGAAUGUGAUUCGACGCCUGUGGCCAGAGAGCCGCUGGUUCGUGUGUUGGUUAAUGACCGGGUUAUGCCGCUGCAUGGGUGCAAAGUUGAUGCGUUGGGGAGGUGUCGGUUGGACGACUUCGUGGAGGCGUUGAGCUAUGCCCGGCGAGGGGGAGAUUGGAAAAAAUGUUUCACUUGA